AUGUCAAUGAUCAGUGUUAUCGACGGUCGAUUGUUCAAGUCUGGAAUUCAGGCUUGGAGCAACUUAAUCCCCGAUCGAACGCACCAGAGUGCUCACCCCAGAGAAUAUACACAUCUGAGGGCUUUUCUCUUUGCUAUAGAAGAAAUCAACAAUAGUUCAGAUAUCCUUCCCAAUGUCACCCUGGGAUAUCACAUAUAUGACUCUUGUGGACAUGAGAAUAAAGUUAUAAAAGAUGUUCUGCAGAUACUGUCUGGACACACAGUGACAGCUCCAAACUAUUCCUGUAUGGAGAAUGAUGCAGUGGUCGGUUUUAUUGGGGAUUUACAGUCUGGUACUACUCUCCCUAUGGCCCAGCUGUUAAGCUUAUAUGGAUAUACACAGAUCAGUUAUGGGGCAAGGGAGCCACUUUUAAGUGACAAAAAGCUUUAUCCAAAAUUCUUUCGUACAGUCCCCAGUGACAAGAUACAAUAUUCAGCAUUUGUGAAGCUAUUGGAGAGAUUCCAGUGGAAUUGGGUUGGGAUCAUAACAUCGGAUGAUGACAGUGGACGGCGAGAGUUACAGGAGUUGGUCAAACUAUUUACAUCUCAUCAGAUUUGUAUAGAAUUUACUAUUCUUGUGUCUCUGAAUAUUUGGAAUUAUCUUCCUCCAGCUUUACAGACUUCAUCUACUGAUGUUAUUAUUAUCUGUGGCUCCUAUAGUAUGACUUACAUCAAGUUUUUAUACCAUGUAGCUCAUGUUCUAAAAAACAAGACUCUUAUACUUCCAAGUUCAUGGUCACUUGCAAUAGAACUUAUCAUUGAUAGUGAACGUGACGUUCCUGCUAAUUGUAGUUUAGUGUUUUCAGCCUCCGGAUACAAUAUUACUAGAAAAAAGUUUUUCAACAUUUUUAAGAUAUCUGGUCGACCUUCUGAUGCGUUGCUGGAAGACAUUUGGAUGACUACAAUACAUUGCUUUUCAGGAAAUACAUUAAAGGAUACUCUUAUACCAUUAGUAGAUCGAAAUCCAUAUCGCCACUGUUCUGAUGAUGAGAUACCUGAUAUAAACAUCAAUUUUGUUAAAGACACAACACCUUACCAAGUGUAUAUGGGUGUCAAUAUUAUGGCUCAGGCUUUACACAAAGUGAAUAUUUUUCUUAAUGAGAAUAGAAAACUAAAUAUCUCAAAAAUGUAUGGCUACAAAAGCAGACUAACACAGUACAUUAAAGAAGAAAGGACUUUUUUUAAUGAAAAUGGAGAUUGGAUAACACCGCUAGAUAUUCUAAAUUGGGUACGCUUUAAAGAAAUAUCCAGGACACCCGUCGGAACAUUUGAUGCUUCAUCUCCAGAAGAUAAACAGCUGUAUAUCAAUCCACAGAUAAUAAAAUGGAGGCAUGAAUUGAUUCCUAAAGGUCGAUGUAGUGAACCCUGUCUACCAGGAGCCCGAAAAGUUCUCAGAGAAGGAUAUCUCAUCUGCUGCUAUGACUGCGUCCCAUGUCCAGAAGGAGAAUUUUCUAAUUACUUUGACACUGAAAAUUGCCAGAGAUGUCCUGAAGAUGAAUGGCCAAAUGAUGGAAAGAACAAAUGUGUUAAAAGGGAUUAUGAGUUUCUUUCAUAUGAGACUGAUGUGGUUACUUUAGUCUUCUCCAUCAUCUCCAUAUUACUCUUUUUUAAAACUGUAUUUAUAAUUGGAAUAUUCAUUUUAUUCUGGAAAUCUCCCAUUGUCAGAGCCAAUAACCGGAACCUAAGCUUCAUUCUCCUGACCUCUCUCAUGUUCAGCUUACUCUGUGUGUUUCUAUUCAUCGGUCGUCCAGUGGAUAUAACCUGCAUGCUGAGACAAAUCUUCUUUGGGAUCUUCUUCACAGUAGCCGUGUCUUCUGUCCUGGCCAAGACCAUCAUAGUCUGCAUAGCAUUCAAGGCCACCAGACCAGACAGCUCCUGGAGAAAGUGUGUGGGGGUUAAGCUUCCUUAUUCUGUAGUGUUGGUCUGUUCAUCUCUUCAGAUCCUGAAUGCAGUUAUCUGGUUGUCAUUGUCUCCUCCAUAUCAAGAGCUUAACCUGGAUUAUCCUGGGAAGAUCAUCAUUCAGUGUAAUGAAGGGUCUGUCUUGGCCUUUUACCUCAUGUUGGGUUAUAUGGGGUUUCUGGCGGCUGUGAGUUUUGUUCUAGCUUUCAUGGUGAGGACAUUACCUGAUAUCUAUAAUGAAGCCAAGUACAUCACCUUCAGCAUGCUGGUGUUCUGCAGUGUCUGGAUCGGUGCCAUCCCGGCCUAUCUGAGUAGUACAGGGAAACACAUGGUCACUGUAGAGAUAUUUGCCAUAUUGGCCUCAGGGGGAGGAAAUUUGAUCUGUAUGUUUCUACCUAAAUGUUACAAUAUCCUGAUAAACCCUGAAUUGAACAGUAAAGGACACUUGUUUCAGAAAAGCGUUAUGUAA